CAGUGCCCAGCAGACAAAUAGGGGUAGGCGUUACCAAAAACAUCUGACUUCCUCACUCCGCCACGCAAGGGCAAUCAAAUGGCCGGGAUGCGUUUCAGAGAGAGAGGUUAACGGAGACAGGCAAGCGGUCAAUCUCACAACGAUACAGACCAGACGCUUCGUGCGCGCUCUUGGGAAGUUGUUCAUCGGACUAAAUCAACAUUUGUUUGGAAUUUGAGGACAAGGACGACUUUUAUUCUGUACGUUUGAGAUUACAUACAUGAACGAUCAAUUGGUUAACCCAAAUAUGGACCAGUGAAAAUGCCCGAUAACAAGGAAUGAACGACUGGCGCGCGUAUUUUCAACAGAUCCAUCCUUUGGUGCGCUUAGAAUUUGCACUUAACUUUUACACGCAAUUCGCCCGCAGUUGGGCCUAAUUAAAUCGUCAAUCUAUUCAGCUAGGUCUGGGAUUUUCUAAAAAGUGAUUUGGAAAUGGCUUCUCUUCGGCACUCACCACAGAUAUGCCCAAAUUAACUGAAAUAGGCUGAGAGAAGGAACAGUGAACACAGGAGUUUUACAUAGUGUUAAGUGCAGGACAGACAGACAGGAUGAGAAGAUGGCCAGCCUGCUGCUACCACCGGGACCAAACAGCUUGCUCCGGUUCACCCGCGAGUCUCUGGCUGCCAUUGAGAAGCGCGUUGUUGAGGAGCAGGCUCGGCAUGCCAAGCACUAUCAGGAGGACCUGGGAGAUGUGGAGGAGCUCAAGCCUCGUCCAGACCUGGAGGCAUCCAAACAGCUGCCCCGAAUCUUUGGGGACAUCCCGUCUGGGCUGGUGGGGGUGCCCCUGGAGGACAUCGACCCCUACUACCAUAAGAAUCACAGGACUUUUAUAGUGCUGAAUAAAGGGAAGGCCAUCUUCCGUUUCAGUGCCACUGCAGCCCUUUAUAUUUUUAGCCCUUUUCAUCAAGUACGAAGAGCCUCAAUAAAGAUAUUAGUCCACUCGUUAUUCAGCUUGUUCAUAAUGUGCACUAUCCUGACCAACUGCUGCUUCAUGGCCAUGUCUGAACCUGCCUACUGGGCCAAGUACCUGGAAUACACAUUCACAGGCAUCUACACGUUUGAGUCUCUAAUUAAGAUCCUGGCAAGAGGCUUCUGUGUGGGUCCCUUCACCUUCCUCCGUGACCCCUGGAACUGGUUGGAUUUCAGCGUGAUCGUUAUGGCGUAUGUGACAGAGUUUGUGGAUCUGGGGAAUGUGUCUGCGCUGCGUACCUUCAGGGUCCUCAGAGCCCUGAAAACUAUCUCGGUCAUCCCAGGUCUGAAGACCAUCGUAGGUGCUCUGAUCCAGUCUGUGAAGAAGCUAGCUGAUGUCAUGAUUCUCACAGUCUUCUGCCUCAGCGUCUUCGCUCUGAUUGGUCUGCAGCUCUUCAUGGGCAACCUACGUCAGAAGUGUGUUAGAAGCACGGCCCACUGUGUGAACAACACACUCAACACCAACAGCUCCUUCUUCUGCAACAACAAGACCUGGCCAUCGCUCAAGGACUUCAUCUCAGACGAAGACAACUACUACAAAGUUGAAGGGGCUAAAGAUGCCUUAAUCUGUGGAGAUGGGAGCGAUGCAGGGAAAUGUCCAGAUGGGUUUGACUGCCUGAAGGCGGGUCGUAAUCCUAACUACGGCUACACCAGCUUUGAUUCCUUCGGCUGGGCCUUCCUAUCCCUCUUCAGGUUAAUGACUCAGGACUACUGGGAAAACCUCUACCACCAGACCCUGCGCUCAGCAGGGAAGACCUACAUGGUGUUCUUCGUAGUGGUGAUCUUCCUGGGGUCGUUCUACCUGGUGAACCUGAUCCUGGCCGUGGUGGCCAUGGCCUACGAGGAGCAGAACCAGGCCACCAUCGCUGAGGCCUGGCAGAAGGAGAGGGAGUUCCAGCUGGCUGUGGAGAGGCUGAAGAGGGAGCAGCAGGCAUCCCAGAAGGCUCAGGACACUGACUCGAUGAUGUCACCAGACCCCUCCCCAUUCACCCUACAUGAUGACCAUGCGUUGGACAGGAGGCGCAGCACGGGUUUGGGGGGUGUGGCUGAGGAGGGGGAAAACCAAUCAGAGGACAGGAUGCUGAAGAUGGGGUCGGUGGACGGAGGCAGGCCCCCCCACCCCCUCCUCCAGCAUACCCUUUCAUUGCGAACGCGCAGGGGCAGCCAGCUCAGCAUCUUCAACUUCCGCCUGAGGAACAAGGACUCAGAGGGUGACAUGGCGGAUGAUGAGUACAGUGUCCCGGGAGAGGUCGAAGGACGAGGGUCACUGAUCCUGCCCUGGUCAUCGCGACGACGGCCCAGUACGUACAGCACGGCUAGCAGGGGGUCAGGGGUGUUUCAGCCCCCCUGCCUCAACAUCAACGGCAGGGUGUUCAUGGCUGUGGACCACAACGGGGUCUCCCCACAAGGGCUCCCAGCAUGCACCAUGGAGAAGGUUCAGGAAGAGAGUGGCCCGAGCUCAACCACAGAGCUGAGCACCAUGCUGCUGCCCCACCCAUACUGUCAAGACGGCCAGCGAGACCGCGCCCUCAGCGCCACAAGCUACCUCACCGACGCCAUGGAGGAGCUGGAGGAGUCUCGUCAGAAGUGCCCCCCCUGCUGGUACGGGUUUGCCCACCACUACCUGAUCUGGGAGGGCUCGCCCUGCUGGAGGAGGCUGAAACUGCAGGUGAAGUUCAUGGUGAUGGACCCCUUCUUGGACCUGGCCAUCACGGUCUGCAUCGUCCUCAACACCCUCUUCAUGGCCAUGGAGCACUACCCCAUGACAGACGAAUUCAAUGCCAUGCUCUCCAUAGGAAACCUGGUUUUCUCAGGGAUCUUCACAGCAGAGAUGCUCCUAAAGAUCAUAGCUCUGGACCCCUACUACUACUUUCAGCAGGGCUGGAACAUCUUCGACAGCAUCAUCGUCUGUCUGAGCCUCAUGGAGCUGGGACUGUCUGACGUGGAGGGGCUGUCAGUCCUUCGCUCCUUCAGACUGCUGCGUGUGUUUAAGCUGGCGCGUUCGUGGCCGACCCUGAACACACUCAUUAAGAUCAUCUGCAACUCCAUGGGCGCUCUGGGUAACCUGACCCUGGUCCUGGCCAUCAUCGUCUUCAUCUUUGCCGUGGUGGGCAUGCAGCUGUUUGGGAAGAACUACCAGGACUGCGUGUGUAAGAUAUCCAGAGACUGCACCCUGCCACGCUGGCACAUGAAGGACUUCUUCCACUCGUUCCUGAUCGUGUUCCGGGUGCUGUGCGGGGAGUGGAUCGAGACCAUGUGGGACUGUAUGGAGGUGGCUGGCCAGCCGCUCUGCAUCCUAGUCUUCAUGCUGGUCAUGGUCAUCGGAAACCUGGUGGUGUUGAACCUGUUCCUGGCUCUGUUGCUCAGCUCCUUCAGCUGUGACAACCUCUCAGCUCCGGAUGAUGACGGCGAGAUGAACAACCUGCAGAUUGCCAUCGCCAGGAUAGCGCGAGGCCUGGGGUGGCUGCGACAGCAGUUCUGCAACUUCUUCAAUGGGAACUUCAAACGGCGGCGACAGAAGAGCAAGGAGGCCAAGGCCAUGAUGAAGCUAAGGAGGCUCAGCCAGCUCCACCCUGAGGGGAACGGGCUGCCCCUGGGGGUGAUAGGUCGCCACGGAGAGCAGUACAUGUUGCCUGAUGGAGACAGCUACAUGACCAACCCUAACCUGACUAUCAGUGUUCCUAUCGCCCCCGGAGAGUCGGACCUGGAACUUCCCGAGGAAGAGGACGAUGAGCAGAGCGACUGCUCUGAGGAAGAGGAGGAUGAGGAAGAGGAGGAGAGCAAGCCGCAGAAGGAUGCCAUCAGCCUAUCGGAGGGCAGCACUGUGGAUCUAAGGAAGGCUGGCGAGGAAGAGGAUGAGUACUCAGAGACCGCUGAAGAGGCCAUGGACCCUGAUAACUGCUUUCCUGACGUGUGUGUUCGGCAGUGUCUGUGCUGUGACAUCAACACAUCGACAGGACUGGGCCAGACAUGGUGGAGACUGAGGAAGACCUGCUACCAGAUCGUGGAGCACAGCUGGUUUGAGUCCUUCAUCAUCUUCAUGAUCCUGCUGAGCAGCGGAGCGUUGGCUUUUGAGGACAUCUAUAUUGAGCAGAGAAAGGUCAUCAAGGUGAUUUUGGAGUAUGCAGACAAGAUCUUCACCUACAUCUUCAUCCUGGAGAUGCUGCUCAAGUGGAUUGCUUACGGAUUCAAGAAGUACUUCACUAACUACUGGUGCUGGCUAGACUUUCUCAUUGUCGAUGUGUCUCUAGUUAGCCUGGUUGCUAACACGCUAGGCUACUCAGACUUUGCUGCCAUCAAAUCCCUCCGAACCCUCAGGGCUCUCAGGCCUCUCAGAGCCCUGUCCAGAUUUGAAGGCAUGAGGGUGGUGGUGAAUGCUCUCAUAGGGGCUAUUCCAUCCAUCAUGAACGUGUUGUUGGUGUGCCUCAUCUUCUGGCUCAUCUUUAGCAUCAUGGGGGUCAACCUGUUUGCAGGGAAGUUUGGGCGUUGUGUGAAUAGGACAGGGUACAUCUACGACGCCUCCUUCGUCAACAACAAGACAGACUGUCUGGCACUCAACAACACACAGUUCUACUGGAGCAAGGUCAAAGUCAACUUUGACAACGUGGGAGCUGGCUACCUCGCCCUCUUACAAGUGGCUACGUUCAAGGGCUGGAUGGAUAUCAUGUAUGCAGCUGUAGAUUCUCGUGCUGUGGAGGAGCAGCCUAUCAAGGAAGUGAACCUGUACAUGUACCUGUACUUUGUUAUCUUCAUCAUCUUCGGUUCCUUCUUCACCCUCAACCUUUUCAUCGGCGUCAUCAUUGACAAUUUCAAUCAGCAGAAGAGAAAGUUAGGGGGCCAGGAUAUCUUCAUGACUGAAGAGCAGAAGAAGUACUACAAUGCCAUGAAGAAGCUGGGCUCCAAGAAGCCUCAGAAGCCCAUCCCCCGACCCCUGAAUCCAGUGCAGGGCUUCUUCUUUGACCUGGUGGGCAAGCAGGCAUUUGACAUCAUCAUCAUGAUCCUUAUCCUGCUCAACAUGAUCACGAUGAUGGUGGAGACAGACGAGCAGUCGCCCAGGAUGGAAAUCAUCCUCAACGACAUCAACCUGGGCUUCAUCGUGGUGUUUUCCUGCGAGUGCCUCGUUAAGAUUGUGGCGCUGCGCUGCUACUUCUUUACCAUUGGCUGGAAUAUCUUUGAUUUUGUGGUGGUCAUCCUCUCCAUUGUGGGCAUUGUACUUGCUGACAUAAUCGAAAAGUACUUCGUCUCGCCAACGCUGUUCCGAGUGAUCCGAUUGGCUCGCAUCGGUCGGGUCCUACGUCUGAUCCGAGGUGCCAAGGGGAUCAGGACACUCCUCUUCGCCUUGAUGAUGUCACUUCCUGCGUUGUUCAACAUCGGGCUCCUCCUCUUCCUGGUCAUGUUCAUCUACGCCAUCUUCGGCAUGGCCAACUUCGCUUACGUCAAGAAGCAAGCGGGCAUUGACGACAUGUUCAACUUUGAGACGUUUGGGAACAGCAUGAUCUGCCUGUUCCAGAUCACAACCUCUGCCGGCUGGGACAACCUCCUCUCCCCAAUCCUCAACAACUCCCCAGAGGAGUGCAACCCUCACCUACCCCACACCGGCACCAACGCCAAGGGUAACUGCGGCAACCCUUCCGUGGGCAUCACAUUCUUUGUCACCUAUAUCAUCAUCUCCUUCCUCAUCGUGGUCAACAUGUACAUCGCCAUCAUCCUGGAGAACUUCAGUGUGGCUACGGAAGAGAGCACGGAGCCGCUCAGUGAAGACGACUUUGAGAUGUUCUACGAGGUGUGGGAGAAAUUUGACCCCGAGGCCACCCAGUUCAUUGAGUACGCAAAGCUCUCCGACUUCGCCGACACGCUUUCGGAACCUCUGCGCAUCGCCAAGCCCAACAAAAUCAAGCUGAUCUCUAUGGACCUGCCCAUGGUGAGCGGAGACAAGAUCCACUGCCUGGACAUCCUGUUUGCCUUUACCAAGCGCGUCCUGGGCGAGUCUGGGGAGAUGGAUGCCCUCAAGCAGCAGAUGGAGGAGAAGUUCAUGAUGGCCAACCCUUCCAAGAUUUCCUACGAGCCCAUCACCACCACCCUGAGACGGAAGCAGGAGGACGUGUCGGCUGCCGUCAUCCAGCGCUGUUAUCGGAGACACCUGGUGCGUCGACAGAUGAAGCAGGCCUCGCUGCUCUACCGGCAGAUUAACACCGCCACACACUCUCCCAGCGGGGGGCGGGGGGCCGGCAGUACAGGAGGCGGCAGCAAGGACGAGGCGGAUGGAGGGGCUGGGCGGGCGACGCCAGAGAAGGAGGGGCUGAUCGCCCUGAUGAUGAAGGAGAACUACGGAGAAGGAGCAGGAGGAGGAGGGGAGAUGAAACGCUCAGACACUCUGUCCUCCACCUCGUCACCACCCUCAUAUGACAGCGUGACUCGGGCCACCAGCGAAGUGAUCCACAUCCUCAUCCCAGGUGGCGACUGCUGUGAUGCCCAGUCCUGCUGAGCCCUGCAGCCCCAUGUCCUCUGACCCCGACCCCAACACACACCAGAAGAGUCAUCAAUAGAAACAAGCCAUGUAGGACACGCCCCCCUACUCCCACAGUCUAGCUUGUUGACAGAAUGUACUGUAGAUCAGAAGGAUUCUCUCUGGGUGAGACAAAGGGGGAGGGAGGGAGGGACGGAGGGAGGGGUGAGAAGACGACAAGGGA